AUAGUUCAGGUGGUUAGAGACACAGUUAUAGAGCGAAAGAAAGUACAAAUCAAAUAGCGAUUCUUGUCUAAACGCCUAUUUUUCAUCUCUUUUUGUUCAUAAGACAAAUACAAUUUUGAAUGUUAGUGAAAAACGUUGCAACUCCCAAACGGAUGUAGAAAUGACUAAUGUUUUAUAAGAUAGAAAAAAGCUAUUUUUUGGGGGUAAAGAAAAACAGUUCCAUCGCAGCUCGUACGCAUCAGCUGGCUUUUCUCUGUGGCCGAUCAUUUCUUCGCAGCGUACGGUACCGUCACGGUGAGUAACUUUCGAAACAAUCAUCUACGUUGUAAUCAAAUGUGCCUCAUCGUAAGAAGUUUUGCCCUUACAUCCAAUCCAGGAAGUGGCCUCGGUCGGUGGUUUGCGGGGGUAAUCACUAGAGAAUCACUUCUACUAGUUAAAGCUUAUGACUUACCGCUUGACGACGUAAUUCUGUGGCCACCAGUAGUGCGACGGAUUUGGUCGAUCGUGGUAGCGUGCACACUGGUGUCUGCAAUUCGCUCGAGACGGUUUAGGUUCGGAAGUCAUCCCAUCUUCGGGAGUGUAGUGCAGCUUAAAUAAAUAAAGAAAACACAAAAUCAUUUGGUGCAUUUUUGGGGUGUGGAUUCCUACGGGGCAGAGCGAAUAGUCAGUGAUGCGUGUUUGUGGAGUUCCGUAAGAAUUAUGGUGCGUGUGUUGUUCUGCUGGACUCUCCUGGGAGUGCUCGUCAGUGGUCAGAUCAGUGAUCUUCGUUAUACAGAGACAAGCAAUGAUAAUGUGGCGGAAGCGAUCCAGUUUUUGCGCGAGUUUGAUCGCGAAGCGGCCGAAAUGUGUAAUCGGGUAGCAAAUGCAGAAUGGCGUUACUCUACCAAUGGGACAGAAUAUAAUAAGCGCCGUAUGCGCGAACAGCAAAACCUAGCAUCGAAGCUCGAAUGUAUCAGUUGGCGCAGGGCAGUGUCUUUCGAUUCGUCACGCAUCAUCGAUACCAGCAUACGGCGACAGCUUGGUAGGAUCGUACAGCAGGGCCGAUGUGGUUUGGGCGAUGGAAAAUAUGCUGAACUGCAGCAUGUACUGAUGCUGCUCAAGGACAACUACAACGGUGCGCAAGUGUGUCCCUUUCGACGUGUUGGAACAGAAAUUCGCGAUUUGGGGACCUUCUCUUCUGCCGGUGGUAGCUAUCCGAGUUCGAACUACGUGUCCACCUACACGGGAUAUUGCGAUCUGAAGAUCAACCCAGAUUUGACGCGCAUCAUGGAGACGAGUCGAUUGGAACCCGAGCUUCAUUACUAUUGGGUAGCGUGGCGAGAAAAGACAGGACCUCCGGUGAAAAAUACCUUCAUGCGCUACCUGAAUCUGGCGAACCAGGCAGCCGAACAGCACGGUUUCCACGAUGCAGGCGAACAGAUGCGUUCCGUGUACGAGGAUGGCAACUUUUUCUUCACCGUCAACGAUCUUUGGAGUGAAUUGCAACCACUUUACAAGCAGCUUUUCACGUUCGUACGAAGAGGACUAAUUCGUCAGUAUGGAGAACACGUGAUCCGACGUGAUGGUCCACUGCCGGCCCAUCUGCUCGGCAAUAUGUGGGCACAAAAUUGGCGCCACAUUAUCGACAUCAUCAAACCGGGUCCACUCGAAACGCCCGACGUUUCCGGUGAGAUGGUCCGGCAAGGUUACACGCCGAUGAAAAUAUUUCAAACCGCCGAAGAAUUCUUCACCUCGAUUGGGCUAUCCCCAAUGGCACCGGAAUUCUGGCGUAACUCCGUGCUACAGAAGCCAACCGACGGUACCGGCCAGCAGUGCAGUGCGUCUGCUUGGGACUUUUGCAAUAAGGUGGAUUUUCGCAUCAAACAGUGCACGCAAGUGACAUUGGACGAUUUCAUCGGUACGCAUCACGAGAUGACGCACAUCCAGUACUACAUGCAGUACGCGAGUCAACCAUUCCUGUAUCGGGAAGGUCCGAAUCCUGCAUUUCACGAAGCUCUGGCCAAUGCGAUAACAUUGAGUGUCGGUGGUCCAGCUCAUUUACAGAAGAUCGGAUUACUAAACAGCCCGGUUACAGUGUCGAAUGGAAACACAAUGGUUAACAUUGAAUAUCUGCUAAAUUUGGCACUGGACAAACUUCCCUUCAUGGCAUUCAGUUUGGCGCUAGAAAAGUGGCGUUGGUACGUCUUCGAGAAGGGUCCAGUCGGGAUGAAUGCACGCUGGUGGGAGUUACGGUUACGCUACCAGGGAGUGAUACCUCCAACCGGACGUGGAUUCGAACAUUUUGAUGCUGGGGCCAAGUAUCACGUGAUAUCGGAUCAGGAUUACAUCAAAUAUUUCGUCGCAACAGUGCUUCAGUUCCAGAUCUAUUCCGAACUGUGUCAGGCGGCGCAACAUUACGGUCCUCUACAUACGUGCGAUAUCUAUCGGUCGCGCGAAGCUGGUCGAAUUUUAAGUGAUGUCAUGCAGCAGGGAGCUUCUCUAUCUUCCGCACAACUGAUCAAGUUGCUAACACGUGGCAAAUCAUCCCGCCUGUCCGUUGAACCACUGUUGGAGUUUUUCCGACCACUGGAAGCAUGGCUUGAGGCGCAAAAUCGUGACGAACAGAUCAUUGGCUGGAGCUCGACGAUGGAAGAUGUUGCACUGUUUCAGCCGUUGCUGGGAAGGAACGGACAGGCUGCAAAAGCUAUAAACUUCAAAUUAAUGAUCGUGUUAAGUGUUACGGUGUGGGGAUUUGUUUUACAUACUAGUACGAUAACGUAAAAAGCGUUGCACUAUUAUGAUUCAUUGUAGAAUAAAUUGUAAAUAAUUUUA